AGAGAGAGGCACGCAGCUGCUUCGAUCUCCAAUGUAUGUUGUUGUCGUCAUCAUCUAUCCGCUUUCCUUCUGCCUCUCUCUCCCCCCACCGAUUGCAUUUCUGGGCGGCAACUUCUCUCACAUUUCCAGAGAGUCUCUUCGUUGCUUCCACCAAGCAAUCCGCAGAUAAAUAUGACGAGUGGAUUCUCUGAAUUCCAAGCAUAGCGAAUGUCGGAAUUGGUGGCCCGCACCGGUCGGCAUCAGCAGCGCUACGAGGCCGGUUUCCGCCUCAUCGCUGGGUGUAUUCCUUUUAGGUAUAGAAAUUUUGUAGAAGGUAAUGGUGAUACAUCUGCAAAGGAUGUUGAGGUCCUUAUGAUCAACUCAACUAGUGGACCUGGUCUUCUCUUCCCAAAGGGAGGAUGGGAAAAUGAUGAAAAUGUUGAGGAGGCAGCACUUCGUGAAGCUUUAGAAGAGGCUGGAGUUCGGGGGGAUUUACUGCAUUUCCUGGGGUACUACAAAUUCAAAAGCAAAACACUCCAAGAUGAGUUCAGCCCGGAAGGUUUAUGUAAAGCUGCCGUGUUUGCUUUGCUUGUGAAGGAGGAGCUAGAGUCUUGGCCCGAGCAAAGCACCCGGCAAAGAACAUGGCUAGCAGUUCCUGAAGCCAUUGACUGUUGCCGGCAUCCAUGGAUGCGAGAGGCUCUUGAGGAAGGAUUUUCCAGGUGGCAUGCUGAUGGUAUGAUAGGCACCGUGAACAAUAAGGAUCAUGUGUCUUAAUCGGUUUCAUCACCUGAUUGGCAUUUUGAGUUUCUAGAUGGUCAAGGCACCUGUCUGAAACAGAUUGUGGUGCUUAGUUUUCUUUUACUUUUACUUUUCCCCUAGUUUAGAAGCAUUGGAGGAGAUGCUGAGAUUUGUCUUAUUCAGGACACUGUUUUCUUCAUAUUACUGAACUUACAUACAUGCUUGUUCCUUUUUUCCUAGCCAGUUAGGCAUUUUUUAGUUUCUAGAUGUUUUGGGCACCUGUCUGAAGCAGACUUGGUGCUUAUUUUUGUUUCACUUUUGUUUUUGUCUGGAAGCAGAGAGAGUGACACAGAUUUGAUUUUUUUUUUUUUUUUUUUGUGGGGUUAUUGAACUUGUAAACAUGCUUGGUGUCAAGCAAAUUUCAGCAGUAGGAAGGAUAUUCAUUGCUUUGCUUAGGACUAAUAUCUUAAGUCCAGAGGAAAUAGUGUUUUUUCCUUCAGCAAUUAGAAUCCUUUUAAGAGUAGAUGUAUAUUGUUGCAAUGUCUAUAGAUAUUCUGCUAAAAUACUAACAGUUGAGUUGAGUUGA